GGAGAAAAAAAAGAAAAAGAAAAACUAACACAGGCAUACGACGGCGAGAAAAGAGCGAGGGAAAAGUUGGGAAGGAGGAGAGGAAAGCGAAAAGACAAAUGAAAAAGGUGGACUGUGCAGCGGGAGCCAGGAAAAAAGAAAAACAAACUAUUUGAAUUUUCCCCUCACAAGCCAUGCCACUCCACAAACCAUCCCGGGCCCACCGCCUGGACCCCACCAUGAUCUCCGCCCCCCUGGGAGACUUUCGCCACACCAUGCACAUCGGCAGGGGAGGCGACGCCUUUGGAGACACCUCCUUCUUGUCCACCGCUGGUCCCAGUCCGACCACUUCCGAGCUGAGUGGUUCUGGGAUCUUGCCGGCUGCUGACCCGGAGCCGGCGGUGAACCACGGCGACCUUCGGGAGGAUGCUUCACAGAGCCCACAGCUUCAGCACUCGGAGUCCGUGUCUUCCUUGACCAUGGACCUGGACCUGGAUCUGGAUCUGGGUCCGUCUAUCCUUGGGGACGUUUUAGGGGUGAUGGACAGUUUGUCGCUGUGCUCCAACGGGGAGGCCGUGCUCAGCCCAAGGAGUGACACAUCAGUGGUGGAAAUGAAGGCGAUUAGGGGGAACAUGGAGACGUCCGUGAACGGGAACGGCUUGGAUGAAGACGGCAGGAUACCAGACGAGAACGGAUUGAAGUCCAGGGGGCUAAAACCGAAGGUGAGGUUCAGUGACAAGCGAGAGGAGAUCAUUCGCCAGCCAUCUGAAGAGGAGGAGGGUCAAACCUAUGACCUCCACGACGAUGAGGAUGAUGAUGAUCAGCUGGGAUGCCACAGCCCGGCGAGAGACGACAGCGGGAGGAGGAAGAGUCCGGCGGGAGAACCCGAGUUGAGCAACCACAAUGCAGAUUUGCCUCCCAGUCCUUCUUCAUCGCACAGCUCAGAGUUGAACGGGGUCACCGAGCUGGACAGGAGGAGGUCAGAGAGCGUCCACUCAGAGACUGAUUCGGAGGAGGAGGAGGAGGAAGAGGAAGAGGAAGGACGGGGCUACUCAUUUGAAGACGAGUCCGAUGAUGAAAUCGGUCUAUAGGGGACAGGUAUUCACGUUCCAUGUGAACAGUUUGAAAAUACAGUCGAAGCCAGAUAUUUACAUUCACCAUGAAAAGAAACAUAAACUUUUUUCUCACCGUCUGACUUUAAAUCAAACCGUUUCUUUCCAGUUUUAAUAACUUUAUUUGAUAAUAAUGGCAUUAAAAACAGCAAAAGACCAUGUGGAGAUUUUGACUGAAGCUGAUCAAAUUAGUGUAAGAAUUCACAGUGAAAACGGUCCCUUGAUCAGCUUAGGGUAGAUGAAUGGGCUAUACAAAACAUGUUUAUUACAUUUUUUGCACAAAAUCAUUCUUAGAUAAUGAGAUUUUAGUCUUAUCAGUUC